GCAAUCGUUCCACCCCUUCGCUCGUCAGUUCAAGAGAAAAAUUCAAACCGAGCAGUCGCAACCGGAACCACGAGCCUCGCGCUGUAGCGUAAAAACCGUUUGCCUAUACGCCGUAUGCCUGCUGUUGCGUAUACGCUGUGCCGGGUACUACACACCUCGCGUAACCUCUGUGUUGUUGACGUACGUACACUUCGAUCACAGAGCGGUACCCCGGUACGAUCCGGCCGAUUAGUGGUUUGUGUAACAUUCGGUGGAGGGGUUUUCCCUCUUGUCCAAUAAAUCUAUUGCGGUGGAUGCGCUUCCCCCCUCUCCUUGAUGUGCCCGAUAUUGAGUGUAUUGUUGUGAAACGUGUGCAUCGGCAAAACAUAUGUGAGGUGUGAGCGUGUGUAUGCUGUUCUGUGUGGAUGAAAAUAGUAGUCAAAGAAACGGAAGAUAGUGGAAAUUUUGUAAACAGUGCACCACGGCCAAAAGGGAAUGUGAUAGUCUGUGUUGAUCUACACAAAAUAAGCAUAAUUCAUUCGAUUGCUAAAACACGUUCCAAUAUGCUUGCGUGUUCCGUGUUUACUACGCGAGCUUUGAAUAAAUAACGUACGUGUCUACGCGAUACAGCACCAAACACCAUCGCUUGCGGCUUGCUUCAUUCCGGCUGAAGGAGCUCCACCGGUAAGCGGCGACUCACGAUGGAUUUGCACAGACAUUAGUGUGGAUUAUAUUUUGGCCGAUUUCGCUCCGGGGGCUGGUUUUGAAACGGCAGAACGCAAACAACACAGCAGUAGGAGAGUGCUACAAUGAGAUAAACAAACCACUGGCCGCAGCACUGGUCGCGGGGUGUGUGUUAAUCUGGUUCUGAAUCACUCCUCCCUUCCCAGUUUUGGGAAUAGUAAAAAAAACAAGAUCCCCUAAAAAAACGGGGAGCGGUCAAACGGACUUCAAGCCAGCUUAGAGGCUUCCGUUAAGUCCGGAGCAAAGUUCGUUGUUUGUAUUUUCGUUUCGCAAACUUCCCCUAACACACACGCACACAAAAUGUCUGACAUUUGCGAUUUUGAGUGGUCAAACAAUCGGUACCGGCACAAUCUCACCAUCUCGGAGCUAAAGCUCGGCUUCAACCGGAACGAACCGACCGACCGAAGCCGCGCACUGAUCGCCCUCAAAGAGCUGAUCGGAGCGAGCCGCGAUUACGCACUCAAGGACAAAUCCUGCUUCCAGGACGACGAGUUCCUGUUCCGCUUCCUGUACGCGCGCAAAUUCAACGUGAACGAAGCGUUCCAGCUCAUCAUCAACUAUCACGCCUACCGGCAGCGCAACGCCGCCAUCCUGCAGCGGCUCUCGGUGCUGGACGAAACGAUACAGAUCGCGCUGCGGGACGGGUUCCCGGGCGUGCUGCCGAACCGGGACCGGCGGGGCCGCAAGGUGCUGGUGUUCUUUACCGCCAACUGGGACUACGCGUCCUACUCCCUAGUCACCGUGUACCGGGCGAUGCUGCUCACGGUCGAGAAGCUGCUCGAGGACAAGCAGAACCAGGCGAACGGGUUCAUCGCGAUCGUCGACUGGACCAACUUUACCUUCCGCCAGUCGUCCAACCUCAACCCGAAGGUGUUGAAGCUGAUGAUCGAGGGCCUGCAGGACUGCUUCCCGGUACGGUUCAAGGCGAUCCACUUCAUCGGCCAACCGUGGUACGUCGAGGCCGCCCUAGCCGUCAUCCGGCCCUUCCUGAAGGAGAAGACGCGUGACCGGAUAAAGCUGCACGGUAGCAACCUGUCCACGCUGCACGACUGCGUCGCCCGGGACAUCCUGCCGACGGAGCUGGGGGGCGAGGGACCAACGUUUAAUCCACUCAACUGGUACCACGAGCUGCUCGAAUCGAGCCAAACCGUCACCAAGCCGGCCCCCUCGUACUGUCUCAGCCAGACGCAGAUCUACACCAAAACACCCGCCCAGUUUGUGCCGGUCGUUGGCAAGGGCAAGGGUGCGGAUCUAUCGCCCGCCCCGUCCCGCUCACCGUCGCCACCGUCCUCGCUUUCGGCCUCGAAUGGGGCCGAGUUCCUGAAGGCUGCCACCAAGGCGGCCGCCGUCAAGAUCGGUGUGCUGACGGCGAAAGCGAACGAUCCGGCCACCAACACGCUGCUGGGCGUGACGGCCGGUGCCGGCGGUUGUGAGUUGUGACACCGCAUCGAGAGGAUGAUGAUGCUGAGCUCGAGCCAACAGCAGCAGCAGCAGCAACAGCCCACUAAAGACUGGAUCGUUACGGUGGCCAACGGUGGUCCGCACUGCACUAUGAUGAUCUCAUACCGGGUACAGAAGCGUUCGUGGUGGUGAAGGAACUGGUGAGAAAUAGUCUGGCAGGUGUCUAGGAAACGGAGGGGCCUUAUACUUAUAGAACUGAUGAGGUUUUUAAGGCAUGGAAGCAGUGUGUUCAUCCAAGCAAGCUGAUCUUUACUCAUUGUGGCAUGGAGGCUUCUCCUCCAAAGUUGUUUUGAAAAGUUGUUUAGAAUUCCGACAGAUGGCGCUCCGCUGUUAAGUGUCAAGACAUACUUCUCUUUCUCUCUUUCGCUCUUUUCCUCUAUCGCUCUCUUUCCUUCAAAACAAAAUGGGCAUGAUCGUGGAGUAUUGAAGACAUUUCAAGGCGACUCUUCUGAUGUGUGAUAUUAAACGAAUGUGAUUUAAUUGACUGGAAUUUCAUACUCCAAUCCAAAAUGAGUGUAUAUAUCAGGUGGGCUUAUGGUGUUCUUCUGCACCAAUACAUCGACACACAAUUUGACAGUUUGUUCCAUAACAAAAUCUAGUAUGCCUGGAAGUUUAAACGGUAUCUCGCAGAAAUGGUAUGUGGUUUUACGAAGAAAGAAGCCAAAAAAACUUACGUGACGGCCAGGUCUUGGAUUAAAACGAUGAUCUGAAGAUUACUGGAUUCCAACAAAACAUUUCCUUCGCCAAAUCUGAUAUAUAGGAAACAAUUAUUUAAUCCGUUCAGCCAGCAAUUUAGGAGCAGUGUCCCAACCGAACCAAAUCUAACUGUCAAACCUGGUAUUCUUUCUAUUUUUGUUUUAAGACGUCAAAUUGCACUGAAUACGUUUGCUCACCUGAUAUAUCAACUCACUUUGGCUCCAAUCGUUCAUGUAUCUACGCCUACUUGUUGACAUCUACAUGGCCUAAUAUGUUCGGGUUUUUGCAUAUUAAAAUAGGACCCAAACAGAAAGGCUCAUUCUUGCACGUAACUCCAACACCAACCUGAAGACGUGAACGGCGCUUUAAAUUGUCAACAUUAGCUAAACCCUUGAUAUUGUCUCACUUCCCGCAAGCCUAUUGUCAUCUGGUGGAUGCGUCCAGUUGUCCAGUGCGUGAGUCAUCAACCACCACCAACACUACCAAACGGUACGACCUUCUGCGCUUCACCUGUCGUGCCGUUUCGCAGGUUCGCUCAAGAAGGUGUCUACGUCUUAUGCUGCACAACCCGAAGCCCGCGAUGGUCAAGGUUAGUCCCCAUUGCCACUGGGCUGGGCAGAAAUCUCUGUCCCGCUUUUCGAAGUCACCACCGGCAAAACCCGGUUGGCCUUCUAGGGUAAGCCAGUGUCCGUACCCCCUUAUUUAGAUGGCGUGUCUUUAGUACGCCAUGUCCAGCCGAGGGAGGACAAUUUCCGCUUUGGUGUGUGUGUGUGUGUGUUAUUUUGUUUCUCCUCCCUUUCUCGGGCGCACAGUAUUGCGGUCAGUAAUGUGAUACAUGUGCAGACCGUACUGGUCGGUCGCGUAGUGUGCGUUUGCGCCGUUUUGUUUAGGGGAGAAAGGCUUCGGCGCUCGGGCUGGGGACAUUGCAGCUACAGUGCACAGGGGACGCUGGGAGUUGGCCAUGCGUGACUUACUUACGUGUUCGGAAAGGGGCACAAAUUGAACCGUGGGGGGGGGGGGGGGAAGUGUAAUGAGGCCGAACAGUGAAAUGGAGUCUUUAAUUAAGGCAAGCGAAAGGGGAAGAGGAAAUUGUGCCUGCCUUUAACGGUCGGUAGCAGUCACUCUCCCUUACUUCCUUGAGUAAAAGACAAAUUUCUAGAAUUUGAACACACACAAACACUCUCUUUCGGGGUGUUAUUAAUAUGUUUCAUCCAACUCUCAGCCCAGAACGGUACACGUGAAGCCACACCAUAUGGCCUUGUAAAACCAACAGUUCCCAACAGCACUGCGCGAGCCGGCCAAGGUGCUUCAUUAAACUGCACCAAACGCUGGUGACGUUGACGGUGGGGUGGCAUGCAUAUUUUAAUGCUCACCACCCCAUUUUACCACCAACCAACCCACGUGCCCAAUCGCGGUCAUUUUGCGUGCAUUCGUUCGAUACAGGUUCUGCGCGCCCGCGUUCUUGGCGGCUUGCGUAUAUGAUGGCGCCAUACGCAAUGGCACCACGGUCGGGUCGGGUUGCGGGCAAACGGUUUUUUUUUCCUGCUGAAUAAUGAAACAGGGGGAGAGAGGGAAGCAAAACAUAAACGAGUAAAGGUGAAGUUUUGUAGGUGAACUCCUUUGCUCCCUGCUUACGACGCAGGGAACGCCGCAACGAUAUAAAAAAAGGGACGCAUUUAACGUUGCUGACUCCUGUGAGAAGAUAAAAAGGUACGCCUUCCUCCUUGAACAGAAUGCACUUAAUUGCAGUUACCGCACGGCAUAAUUAUCGUCCGAUUUCGCUCCCCUUUCGUCCAUCUUUCGAUGGGGUUGGGACACUUUUAUACGCCUUUUAACGGCGCGUCGAAGGCGAUCGAAGCAGUUGCAAGAGACUAAGUGAUGAUAAGCUAAACUACCCCUGGCCAGACCAAUUACUGCUACAUUGUAGAGCGUUGGAUGCUGGAAGGCGUGGUGAAAAUGGCGAAAAAGGAUGCACCAUUUUAUGGGUAAAGUGUUUCACAGUUUUUCCCCUUAAAAUUCUAAUUUAGCUUAAAAUAUGAGUAACAACUUCUUGAAGUAAUUUCCCUUUGCCGCCGAGGAUAUAACACGCAUUAUAUGAACAGCUUACACACUGCGCUCCAUUCAGCCGUCCUACAUUUAUCCACCAAGACCCCCUUGUGGUUUAAAUGCACUCGAUUUUCACCCGACCAACGGUGUCAACCAGGUUUGCAACCGAACAGGUUAGUCGCCGUCCAUUGAACUGCUCGAGAUCAUCGCCCACGGGCAACAGACACAAACAGACAGACUCGAAUUAAGAGACUCGCUUGACCCGCAAAUCGGCGGAGGUUGUUUGAACGCACAAGGACACACCGAGAGCUUAUAAUUAAUAUGCAAAAUGAAAAAUAUGCUUUCCCUUUUUUUUGUUGGUGAUCAUCGAACGUGAUGCAACAGAAAAAGGGGAGAAAAAUAGCAUAAAAUUAAAAAUAAACAAAAAAGAAGGAAAACAUGGUGGCCUUAUCAGUGAAGGGCAAUAAAGAGAUAGAGAGCUUAUGCUCUUAGAAGAUUAAACACAACAAAACUCUAACGCAUUCGUAAGUGAAGUGAAAGAUUUCGAAUAAAUUAGGGUAAGAAAAAGGCACUAGAUAGGCGUAGCUAGGCGUGUAAUUGCAUUGUUUGUAAUGAUAUUCAUUCAAGUCCGUCCGUUGAAGUGCACAGCUUUAUGCUUUCUGUCCUCUCUUCUUACGGUCAUCGAAUUAUAAGCGACUUAGCUUUAUACUAAGCACACAAACACACACCAUUUCUUCAUCUUCAUCCACAUCUUGCAUUACACGUUCACAACUUUAUCCCAUAUUAUUCCUCUUCUGUCCUUUUUGGUGUAAAGUCCUAGAUGGAGGAUGUACGUUACGGUUUGUUCCAUAGUGUAAGUCCUUCUUAGCAAGUAAGGAGUAGCAUUUUGGAAAUGGUGGA